UUGCAGAAGCUGGGCUUGCAUUUUCGAGGUCGGAAGGACUCGAGGGUUGUGUAACUGAAGUGUACACAGCGAACGAGUCUGAGUUUUAAACUGAAAAGUAGGCAAAAUGGCAACACGCUGGGGAAUAUGCAGUGCGGGUAAAAUAAGUCAUGACUUCUUGGUUGCCUUGCGCACACUGACUCCAGGAGACCACGAGGUAGUGGCUGUUGCAGCGAGGAACUUGCAGCAUGCUGAAGAAUUCGCCAAAAAGCACAACAUCCCUCGAGCAUAUGGGAGUUAUGAUGAGUUGGCUAAAGACCAAGGCAUUGAUGUGGUUUACAUUGGCACUGUCCAUCCAUACCACCUGACCACUGGCAAAUUCUUUAUGAAGGCCAAAAAGAAUGUACUGAUUGAGAAGCCACUUGCCAUGAAUUCAAGGGAGGUACAGGAACUCAUCUCUGCAGCCCAAGACAACAGUGUCUUUCUCAUGGAGGCCGUUUGGACACGUUUCUUCCCAGUGUCCCUUGAAAUAAAGAGAGUGUUGGGCCAGGGUGAAGUGGGUGAUGUUCAGAUGGUGAGGGUUGAUCUUGGGGCUCCACUAACACACAUCCCGCGCAUGGCUGAGAAGGAGUUAGGAGGAGGGGCGCUCCUGGACCUGGGCAUCUACUGUCUGCAGUUUGUCUUCAUGGUUUUUAACGGCGAGAGGCCCGAGUCCAUCCAAGCCACGGGACACUGCAUAGAUACAGGUGUUGAUGGGACAGCAGUUCUGGUCCUUAAGUUCUCAGGAAACAGACUGGCUGUUUGUACUUGUUCUAUCACCAUGAUGCUCACCUGUGAUGCUGUCAUCACUGGGACCAAAGGCACCAUAAAGUUACCCAACCACAUGUGGUGCCCCACAUCUUUGGAGGUGAAUGGGAAGGAGAUGCAGUUCCCCCUGCCGGAGGCGGCCAUGCCACUAAACUUCACCAACAGCACAGGUCUAAGAUAUGAAGCAGAGGAGGUCCGCCAGUGUCUGCUGAAAGGACUGAAGGAGAGUCCAGGGAUGCCAUGGGCUCACUCCAGCCUGAUAGCAGACGUUAUAGAUGAGGCCAGAAGACAACUGGGAGUGACAUAUGACCAGGACAACAUCCAGUGAUGUCUCCUUAGUGACAGUUAGAGAACAGACAUGUGUCUCAACAUGCAGAAGGACCAAAUCAUAUUUCCAGUAAUUAGUGUGUGUGUGUGUGUGUGUGUGUGUGUGCGUGUGUGCGUGUGUACGUAUGUGCGUGUGUGCGCGUGCACGUGCGCGUGUCAGUGGGUAAUACAGAAACAUAAUGAACGCUGUGUCCAAAAACAAGUCGUAGUCAUAGAUCACGAGACCAAACCACAGCAUCUACUGUGUGGCACAUCAAAAUGUUUCUUAAAAAAUAAAUACUUAUUGACAUUGUUAUAGUAGUCUAUUUGAUUCCUGUUUAAUGUACAAUUAUUUUAGUUUUGGAAAUAAAGGGAAGUGAAUAUCAAAGUGC